AAAUUGACGCUCAUCCGGCACGGUCAGUCCGAGUGGAACCUGGCUAACCGCUUCACCGGCUGGGUGGACGUCGACCUGACCACCCGGGGCAUCCAAGAGGCGCGUGAAGCGGCUCGUGCACUCAAGGCGGACGGCACAGAGUAUGACCUCGUCCUCACCUCGUGUCUCCGCCGCGCCGUUCGCACCUCCUGUCUACUGCUGUCCGGCGCAGGGCGCCCUGCGGUGCCGAUGGUCAAGGACGCGCGGCUCAACGAGCAGCACGCCGGCGCGCUGACCGGGCGGAACAAGCGGUCGCUCGCCAAAGAGCACGGCCACGAGCAGGUCAUGCGCUGGCGGCGCGGGUUCGCGGUGCCACCGCCGCCCAUCUCGACGAAAGCUCCGCUGCAGAGCGCCAUCUGCCGCGACGAGAGGUACCGGCGGCGGCCUUGCGCAGGCGGCGCCAGCGGAGGUCCGAGCCAGGACGUGGUCGUUCCUCGCGGGGAGACGUUCCGCGACUGCCUGGAGCGGGUGAGCGAGGUCUGGUCCGACACGGUGGAGCCGGCCCUCCGCGACGGCAAGAACGUGCUGGUCGUGUCUCACGGAAACGCACUGCGCGCGCUCAUCAAGCUGGUCGACGGCGUCAGCGACGAGGACGCCGCCUCGACAUGCCCCCCCCACGUGCCGCACGCCAUCCCGCUCGUCUACUCGCUCGACGCGGACCUGCAGCCC